AUAUAUACAAAAUUUAUAAAAAAAAGGAAAUUCAAAACUUUUUUUUUUGAUAAUUUCAAAAAUAAUUUUGUGUGUUUUUGGUCAGUUUUUUCAAUUCACCCAAAAAGGAAAUACCCGUGCAUAAAAAAAUAUACAACACUCAUACGAUUUUAUCACGGCUAAAAGAAAACCGGGAAUCGAAUUUCAAAAGAGAGGAAGUUCCCUUAUUUUCUUAAUUAAUUUUCAACAUUGUGCAGCACUUCCGGAAUUAAAAAAAAAAAAAAAUACGAAUAUAAAAGAAAAAUGUAUACAUGAAAUAUUUUAAUAAACUUAUAUACUGAAUUGCAUUUAAUUAAUAAUGUUACCAGAGUUUUUAUUCAACGUUGGCAAUAGCAUGCAGGACAUAUCUCGUGACGAUAUCAAUCUCCUAACUGGAGCUGUAUCCACUUGCGACAAGGAUAUGUGCUCAUCUGUGAUACGAUCUACAUCGGUCAUAUCACCAUUGCCAUUAAAAUCACAAAACAACAUCCAAACUGUAGUUGUACCUGAAGUUGCCUUGCAGCAUCCUCCAAUUAAAUUAGAAGACGAUAGUAACGAUUUAUAUCAUCACACACCUUGGCAUCACAUUUCAAAUCAACCCUUAGAAAUGGGUUCAAGUAAAUUACUUCUUCAAGGAUCCGAUGAUCCAUUAAUAUCUCGCGGUGCCAAUACAGUUGAUGAUGAUCAUACUUCAGAUUUUAAUUCAAUAAUAUCUCCAGUUCCAGUGAAGACCAAUACGACGACCACAACUAUGAGUUCCUCAAAAAGUCAACUUAAAGCAAAACUUCAAAAUGCUGCUAAAAAACAAUCUGCACCAAAAACCAAACAAAAAGGUGCCAUCAAACUAAGAUUCCAUCAUCAAGCUUUGCCAGCAGAAUAUUUAAGUCAUUAUGAAGCGACACAAGGUCAACAUAUACCCAAAAUGCCACCACAACCUACAAAAGAACUCCCUCCAAAAAUCAUUGCUGACAAAUCACCAGCUAAAAGUUCACAUGAAAAUGUUCGAAAUUGGUUGCAAAAAAUUGCCGAAAUGCAACGUCAAACAGCAAUAACUUCCAAGGAAAUCAACAAAGAAGAUUCUGGUGGAGAAGAGAUAACAAAUUUUGACCCACCAUCACUUCCUGAGGUCGAUGUCAAUGCCAACAUUCAAAAACCACCACCGUCCACUAAAAGAGUUAUUAAAUACUCAGAUCUACCUUAUAUGGGUGAAAUGACUCUAGACAAUUCAAAACCACGACGUGGUCGUAAGCCCAAAAAAGCUGAUAUAUGCCAUUUGAUCUAUAAAAACUAUGGGACCAUUCUUCCUGGUACACCAAGAGCUGCCAUUGAUGGAAAAAUUCUAAAUGAAUCUAGUCCAUCUGCAAAACUUGAUGAACCAUUAAAUCUCUGUCUGCGAGAUCAUGCAGAUUCAUUUUCUGCCUCUAGCAAUGAUGAAGAUGAAUCCGAAACUAGAACUAACUCAAAUUGCCCUACACCAAUUGCACCAACACCUUUAGAUUCUGUUACAGAUUCUCUAUUAGCUGCAAAUUUAAAAAUGUCUCUACCAUCAGUUAGACCGAAAGAACCUUUAGAUCAUCAUCAACCUGCUUGGACGAAUCCAAAUCAAACUUCAAAUCUUCUUCUCCACCCAAUGAGUCUAUACUAUCAAAAGCUAAUCGAGUCGGGAAGCUUAGCUGGGGGAAAUAUAGAAACAAUCAACUGCAAUAAUCAACUCGCCUUGAAAAUUCCAAUUAGGAAUACAAAUUUACUACCUUUAGCCUUGCCCAUACCGAAAAUCGAACGGCCGUCUUCAACAACCGAAUAUCCCGAACAACUUCCAACACCGAGUUCGGUGAAGUCAGAAAACUCAACUACAACUUCUCACAGCCAAGCUACCACCAAUCAUCCGCCACAAAAACGAAAGCGUUCGGCAAUAUUCAUUCCUCCCAUGCCAGCGGAGAAUAACUCAAAUCCUGCCACAGAAGUAAGCAUUUGUAAGUUUAAAUUUACAGGAGGCGCCAAUCCUUCUUUGCAAGAGAAAAAAAUGCUUUCAGUUGAUUCAGAUGGAAACUAUCGUUAUUAUAGUGGAACUGGAGAUAAAUCAAUGAGAAGCUAUGAAUUCUAUCCACGAGAAUCUCUUCAACAAUCUGGAGCUGUUCCAGGCAUGAAUUGUGCUGGAGUAUUUCUAAAUGCAACUGGCGAAAAGAUUGCUUUAGAUGUACCACCACCAUCGGCUGGUCUAAGUAAUGAACUCCUUCAGAUUCCAGAUUCGCCAACUAGUAGUAUACUCCUGCCUUCGGUGUCAGUUGCAACAUCAACUACAUCAUCACCAUCGCCAUUUCCUUCGCCAGGGCAUUUAAAAAACUCAGAUAGCAAUAAUGUUCAUCAUAAUCAUCAUCAUCCACAUCAUCACCAGCAACAACAUCAAAUCGCUCAUACAACUACCAAGAAAAAAAAAUCUCGGCGAGCUGUACAGCGGGAAAAACUUGAAAAGACAUUUAAAGAAAAAGGUUUCCUGAUACAAACCCAGCAGUUGGAAUCUGCAGAGGGUGCCACAUAUUGUAAAUUUAGACAAUUGAAAAAAUUCACAAGGUAUUUGUUCCGCAACUGGAAGGAUUACCUUCCACCAGGCGAAUUGCAACACUCAAAUGCAGCGGCAGCGGCAGCAGCUGCUGCUGCAGCAGCAAUAAAUAAUCAUCAUCAGCAUACACCUCCACCGCCACCACCUGCAUCAUCAGUUAUUGGCAAUAUUUUAGCCGAAAGUUAUACAAACCAUCAGCGGAGUAAGGAUACUCAAGAGCUACAUGGUAUUCAAAAUAUGUAAGGUUUUAGCCCCAAGUUUAAAAGUGGACUCAACUGAGUUCAAAAAUCGGAAUGCAGUUCCUAAGAUAGAUCUGCUAGGCUAGGCAUUUCCAUUUUCACGAUUCGGUGAAUUGGAAAAAAUGGUAACUUGACUAAAAGAAUUAAAUGCAGAAAAUUCGCCUAUCAAAUUCAAAACUAACCUACAAUUAAAAAAUACAAGACUAACUACU